AUGAUCGCUCAAUUUAAAGGAAAUUUGACUAAACAACAGCAAGACGUCAUCGAUGUUCUUGCUGCUGGAGUGGAAGAUCCAGACUUACUGUUUCUGACUUCCAUUGAUGAAUUGUGUGGGAUUUACUCUGAGAAAUAUGGCACAAUGAAUCAAGAAGAAAUAGUUGAUUUAAUUAAACAAUAUAGUUUGUAUGUCUCCCAAGAAACACUGCAGAGGCAAAGCAUUUCAAACUUGUUACGAGUCGAACCGACGAAAUUAAAGUAUGGAAUAUCUCUGUUUGAUCAAUAUUUUCCUACAUUAAAACCAGAGGGGAUUAUUGAAAUAGCAGGCGAGGCGGGUGCUGGGAAGUCACAGUUGUGUAUCCAAAUCAUGGUGGUCUCCGAAGUGAUGUAUACUAUGCCAUGUUACUAUAUAACUGACCAACCAUUUCGGUAUUAUGAACGAGUUAAGAGUAUGUCUGAGUAUUACUGUGACCUCUUUAAUAGUGAAACUAUAGAUGUGAAUCGACUGAUUCAAGUCUCAGAAGUGAAGUCGUUUGAAGAACUUAAGCAAAGACUUGUUCUUGUCGAUUCAAUGAAGACUUGUGGACUUGUAGUGAUCGACUCUUUUGGAGGAAUACUUAAAGACGCAUUCGAAGACAAAUAUACCGAAAGAGGAGUUGCUAUAACAUGGACGGGAAUGAUGUUAAACAACUUAAUUAAUAAAGGACAUGUCGUUAUAGUUACGAAUCAAGCCGUCGCGAAUAUUAAAGACGAUACUAACAAGGACAAAAUGAUAUUCGACUUUUUAAUGGGGAACGAAGAAACUCGAGACCUUGAGAUACAAAAUGGACUCGGUGUCGUUUGUGAGGGAGGUGAAUUGAAUACUCCAAGUGGAAUGCAAUGGGCAUAUUGCGUAAGAACUCGACUCUUCUUGUUCAAAACUAAUGAAACACUCGAACACGCUUAUGAUACAUUCACCGAUGAAUGUAAAGAACAACUCGAAGGACUUGAUGAAAGCACUUUCAAAAAUGUAUCCAUCAGAAAGGCAGUCGUUAAUAAGUCAAAUGAAGUCGAAAAAGGUAUUUGCUUGGAGUACUGUAUUUUAGAGUCUCACGUCUGUGGGUUGGAGAGAAUGGAAGAUUGA